AUGGCAUCUUCUUCGAAUCCGUACGAGCACUACCACCCGCCCCAAGUCGAGGACGAUGACCUGAUAGAUCCCGACGACGCCGACCUCGACGACCUCGACGACCCCCUUCAGCCCUCCAAGACACACUCCUCGCAAGCCCCCCUGGUAUCCGGCAACAUUACCAGCAGCGCCUCCUCCGCCCCCCUCAGCGAAUCCUACCUCACAUCCCGCAUCCCCGGCGAGGACCGGCGCGCCCCCACCAACACCAUCGACGAGUCCGUCUGGGACACGCUCCGCCGCGACCUGCUGGCCGUCUGGUCCAAGAUGCGGGAGGUGCUGUACCCCAAGUACCUCUUUGGGGGCUCCAUGCUCGAAGGCACCUCCUCCCUCCGCAGCGCCUACGAGAACAUCCGCGGUGCGGGCAUCAGCGGCGCCCGGAACGAGAUUGUGGGACUGGCUGGCCGCGCGCUGGAUGCCGAGACGUUGCUUGCGCAGGGGAACAUGAGCGAGGGGUUACGGGACUGGGACCUGUGGGGGCCGUUGGUCUUCUGUCUGCUGUUGAGUCUGUUCUUGAGCUUCCGGGCGGACUCGGAGCAGAAGAGUCUGGUGUUCAGCGGGGUGUUUGCCAUGGUGUGGAUUGGGGAAGCGGUGGUGACGAUGCAGAUUAAGCUGCUGGGCGGGAACAUCUCCUUCGCCCAGAGCAUCUGCAUCAUCGGCUACACGCUCUUCCCACUCGUCAUCGCAGCUCUCCUCUCCGUCUUCAACCUCCCUACCGUAGCACGCAUACCCAUCUACAUCGUCCUCGUCGCCUGGUCGCUAGCAGCCGGUGUCAGUAUCCUGGGUGGGAGCGGCGUGGUCAAGAACCGGGUGGGCAUAGCCGUGUAUCCGCUCUUUGUAUUCUACGUGGGACUCGGAUGCCUCUGCUUCAUCAGUUAA